AAACAGGAGAGUAGUGCAUGAGUGACUCCCCUGGUUAAAACCAUAGUAUUUUAGAGUGAGAUAUAUAUAAAUAUAUAUAUAUAUAUAGAGUGAGAAAGUAGAGAGAGAGAGUUGAGUUUUGGCAUUGGGGUUUCCUCUAUUUGGGUUGGCAUAAUCGCCUUUCUUCUUCAUCUUCGGGUUCUCCGCAGGUUGUGAAAAAGCCUGUAAACCAUUGUUUUUCUCUGAUUCUUUGCUCUAUUCGUUUAUUAAUCUCUCUCUCUUUGUAUCUAUUGGUCUUUCUCUAUCUAUAAACCUUUCAUGGGCUCUAUAUACACUUCUCACAUUCUUGUUCUUUCAUCAAUAAGCUAGAGAUUUAGCUUAAUUUUUUUUUUCUCUGUUGACACAGUAAUUUAUCUCUCUAGUUUCAUUUGCUUUCUCGCUCUAUAAAUGGCAAAUGCAUCUGGGUUCUUUUCACCUACAGUUCCAAGUCUGAAAAGGAGGAUUCGUCCUUCUAUAGGCAUAUUUCGAUCUGGGUUUUGUUCCCCUGAGGGUACCUCCAAAAGGGUACUCUGCUCCGCCACCAUUGAGGGCUCAGAGGAGCUUAGUUUUGGCGUUUCCCCAUCAAAAUCUCGAGGACCCAGGCUCGUUAGUAAAGGCUGCAAACUAAUUGGGUGUGGCUCUGCAGUACCAAGUCUUCAAAUUUCUAAUGACGAUCUUGCAAAUAUUGUUGAAACUUCUGAUGAAUGGAUAUCUGUCCGCACUGGGAUUCGUAAUCGACGAAUUCUUACAGGGAAAGAGAGCUUAACUUCUCUAGCUGUAGAGGCAGCAAGUAAAGCUCUUCAGAUGGCAGAGGUUGAUCCCGAUGAUGUGGACCUAGUCUUGUUGUGUACGUCGACUCCAGAGGAUCUAUUUGGCAGUGCUCCUCAGAUCCAAAAAGCACUUGGCUGCAAAAGAAAUCCAUUGGCUUAUGAUAUUACUGCUGCUUGUAGCGGGUUUGUGUUGGGUCUAGUUUCUGCUGCUUCUCAUAUAAGGGGAGGUGGAUUUAACAAUGUUCUUGUGAUUGGUGCCGAUGCUCUUUCUCGUUAUGUUGAUUGGACGGAUAGAGGGACCUGUAUUCUCUUUGGGGAUGCUGCUGGUGCUGUAUUAGUGCAGGCCUGCGAUGCGGAGGAGGAUGGUUUAUACGGGUUUGACAUGCAUAGUGAUGGUGAUGGCCAAAGGCAAUUGAAUGCCACCAUGAAAGAAAAUGAAGUGGAUCAUGCAUCGGGUUCUAACGGGUCAGUGUUAGGCUUCUCUCCAAGAAGCUACUCUUAUUCCUGUAUCCAGAUGAAUGGUAAAGAGGUCUUCCGCUUUGCCUGUCGAUGUGUGCCACAGUCAAUUGAGUCUGCCCUUGAAAAGGCUGGUCUCCCUAAAUCUAGCAUAGAUUGGUUAUUGCUACAUCAGGCAAAUCAGAGGAUCAUUGACGCAGUUGCAACACGUUUAGAAGUUUCAUCUGAACGAGUCAUAUCAAAUUUAGCAAAUUAUGGUAAUACAAGCGCUGCAUCCAUUCCAUUAGCGUUGGAUGAGGCUGUUCGAAGUGGAAAAGUACAGUCGGGUCAUACUAUUGCAGCUGCAGGUUUUGGUGCCGGUCUUACAUGGGGUUCUGCUAUAGUUAGAUGGGGAUGAAAUGCUCUCUCUCUUACCGAUGAUUAGUACAGAUGGAAGAAGAAAAUCCAUCCUAAACCGGCAUUCCAACUCUUGCUUUCUGAGUCCUAUGUGUUGUUGUUUCUUGAGCCAUAUGUAAUGUUGUUUCUUGUGGAGCCUGAUCGUGUAGUCUCUUUCACCUCCCUUGUUUGGAUUUAGUUAUUUUCAAACUUUUUGAUCAUCAAUAAAUUUUAUUCUUUUUCCUCA